AAUGAAGGUCCGUUUGUAAUAAAUGCUAGGUAUAAACAGUUUUCCCGCGCGAAGAUCAUCAUGGCGGGCGUGAUAGCAAAGAACAGCCUCCAGUACUAUGUGGUAGACAGCAAUGAGGCCCUGGAGUUUAAGCUGGUGCGGAGACCUGAGGACCUUGAGGAUGACGAGACAACCUUCAAGCCAGACAUGUCCCACCAGGUAUACGGGGACAGCGAGCAGAUCUUUGGGUACAGUGGCCUGCGCAUCAAGCUGUACUACACCGCGGGCCGCCUCGCUACCUACCUCGCCCACACCUACUCUGACAAGAUUCACCCAGACAAGUAUGAUGGUGUGAAGCCCGACGAGGUGAUCAAGCCCAUAGCUGAGAGGAUUCCGCCGGGCUACCUCACCAACCUGGAGGACUUCACCGCCGCCCUGCAGAAAGAGGCAACCUUCAGGCCCUUCGGAGAGCUGGAGAGAAGGUUCACAGCCCGGUCAGAGGAAGGUAAGGAGAGAACAUUUGAGGUGUACCGGUGCUGUGUGUCCACCCCCGGCUUCCUGGAUUACCACGAGCACUUCCAGACCUUCAUUCUGUGGUACAUUGAUGCCGCCUCCUACAUCGACGUGGAUGAUGACAAGUGGAGAUUUUUUGUCACCUAUGAGAAGUACGAGUUUGAGGGUCGUCAGCAGUAUGCGUUCACGGGCUACACCACCAUCUACGAGUACUACGCCUACCCUGCCAACGUGCGGCCCAGAAUAUCCCAGAUGCUUGUGCUGCCCCCCUUCCAGCGCAUGGGCCUCGGGGCGGAGAUGCUAAACACCAUCUACUCCAAUUACCAGAGCGAUGCCAGGGUGCUCGACAUAACAGUGGAAGAUCCCUCGGACGACUUUGCUCGCCUCCGUGAUUUUGUGGACGCCAAGAACUGCCUCAGCCUGGACAGCUUUAGCAAAUCCAAGUUAAACGAAGGGUUCUCCCAGGCCAUGGUGGAGGAGGCACAGAAGAAACUCAAGCUGAACAAGCGUCAAGUCCGCAAGGUGUACGAGAUCAUCCGUUUGCACUUCACCAACCGUGCCGACAAGGAGGCCUACCUGCAGUACCGGCUGGAGGUGAAGAACAGACUCAACGUGCAGUACAAGAAAGAGGACCGUGACAUGGAGAAGCUGAAGAAGGUUCUGAAACCCGAGGAGUACGCUGCCACCAUGAGCAUCACCAGCCGAGAGAAGCGUCUGGAGAGCCUGGAGCGACAGUACUCGGAGCUGGAGGAACAUUACCUCCGCGUGCUGGAGAGACUCGUUAUCUCCUGACCUCUCCCUCCGACCUCCAGCCUCUCCCUUCUCCUUUCCUCCAAUGCUGACCUCUACAGGAAGCCACUGAACUAAACUUUCCCUCCCCUUAGGUGUUAGUUUCUCUGUCUUAUGUGUUUGAGUUUAGACAAUAAAUCUUUUUACAUACA